AUUCAUUAUCAUGUGAAGAGCUGGAGGAGGGAGAGAGACAAGAAGGAGCUGUAGCAGAAGGGGGGCACAGGAGGUGGCAGACACAACAGCUCUCUCUCAACCAGGGAUCCCAACAGCACAUGGUGCAGUCAUCUCAGGCACCAGAGGAUCAAGGACAGUAUUCCUGGUGCAUGUGGCUCUCAGACAUGUACCUCAGCUGAGGCUGUAAGAGGGUGGGCGAGCUCAGGGAGGUGUCUGGGCUUUCCUGUUGGGGUUUCACCUCCAGACAAGGAACUGACUCCCCUGUAGGGAGAGCACCGCCCCACAGCUGGCACCAUCAGGGCAUGCCCGGGGUGGGCACGGCAAGCUGGCCAGCAUUUUCCCUUGCUGUCUGAACAUGGGCAACAUCUCCUCUAACAUCUCCUCCUUCCAGUCGCUGCACAUCGUUAUGCUGGGUUUGGACUCUGCCGGGAAGACCACUGUACUAUACCGCCUCAAGUUCAAUGAAUUUGUAAACACUGUGCCAACAAUCGGCUUCAACACAGAACGGAUCCGGCUGAGCAAUGGGGCAGCAAAGGGCAUCAGCUGCCACUUCUGGGAUGUGGGGGGCCAGGAGAAGCUGCGACCACUCUGGAAGUCAUACAGUCGUUGCACGGAUGGGAUCAUUUAUGUAGUGGACUCAGUAGAUUCAGACCGGCUGGAAGAAGCCAAAACCGAAUUGCACAAAGUGACCAAGUUCGCAGAGAACCUAGGCACCCCCCUCCUGGUUAUUGCAAACAAACAGGAUCUGCCCAAAUCCAUGGCUGUGUCUGAUAUUGAGAGGCAAUUGGCACUGCAAGAAUUGAGCCCUUCUACCCCAUACCAUGUGCAGCCAGCCUGUGCAAUCAUCGGAGAGGGGCUGACCGAGGGCAUGGACAAGCUGUACGAGAUGAUCCUUAAGCGGAGGAAGACCCUCAAACAAAAGAAGAAACAGCGAUAAUGCCAGGUGUUGAGCUCUGGGUGAUGCUCUGCCAAAGAUGCCUGUGCAUACAAUAUAUAUGCCCACACGAUGGCCACUAGGCUGCCUAUCCAUCUGAAAUCUACUUGGCCUCCAGGGGCUCCAUAUAAUGAGGACUAUUGGGCCUGUAUUGCUGGUUUAUUGACAGAUUAUUGCUAAUUAUUGCUCCUUGGGCCAUCAGGAAUGACUGGGCCCAGUACGGUUCUACCGUCAAUGAAGGCUGCUCUGUUGGUCAACGUGGCUUGAUCACAUUUGAGCUCAUUUGAAUCUCCAAUGGAAUAUUACGGAUCAAACUUAAUAAACUCACCGUUUUCUUUUCUGACCCAAUGAACAGUAUGAAAGAACGUUCUCCUUGCACUGAGUGACAUGAGCUGGACCUUGUUUCACCAGUGGGACUUGAUUUAACCUUUGUCAGGGCAGGACCCUGCUGUUAACCUCUUCCAUGCUGAGGGAGACUGUUAUUGCAGUGCAAUAUGCUGGCAACUCCCCCAGUUACAAUCAUGGAUUAAAAUCUUAUAUAUAUAUAUAUAUAUAUAUGUGCGUGUGUGUACAGCCAAGGAUUACCUGCUGUAAGGACAAGGACAUGGGAAUGAAUUGAAGAGGGACUACUUCUGUAUUUUGGAUGACAAGGGGCAGACAUGAUGUAUUUUUUUUUUUUUUUUUUAUUGCCAAAUUGAAACUUGAAAAUGUCAAUUUAAUGGUGGUGAUACAUUUAAUGGGGACUGAUACUUGUGUCACUGUCUUACUGUCUACUGUCCAGUGCUUGAGCUAUACAGAAUAUUGCUUUCUGGCCUUAGCUGUUUUAGUCACAUCUUCCUACUUAUGGCAUCUGUGGCUGGUGUUCAUGUGGCUAUGGAUUGUCUUCCUGUUUCCUCUUAUUUCUUCCCCCUCCUUCUCUCCUUCUCUCUCUUUCUCUCUGCAGGCCAAAGAUUCACAGCCACGACUUCUACAUGUAACCCCUUCCAUGCUGGAAAGUCUUGUGAAUACAGUGUAAGCCUAGCAAGCAGGGAUAGGGGAUGUGUCCUAAUAUCUUCCUAUACUUAUUUCUGUUGCAUGGGAUUAACAUUAGGACUCUCUGUUAUUUCUGCAUUCUCUGAUCUGCAUAUAGUUGUACCCAAUACGAAUAUGAUUAUUGAUUUUGAAUGAUUUCUGCUCGUCUUGCCUGCGUUUUAAUUCUUCUUUUACAUCCAUUCAGAGCAUUGUGUUGAACAAAGCCGAUUAAUAGCAUACUGUUUAUUUACUGAUUUUAUUAUAGAGAUAUGUUUAGGGUCUUGAUGAUCAAGGGGCCCUGACAAGAAUUCUGGGGCCCAAGUUGAAGGGAAAAAUGACUGUGACUCGGGAAUAUGCAACCUCAGUCAGCUCCCAGCACCCUUCAGCAGUCUUUGUCUGUUGGUGACUUGCUGGGUGUUGCAGAUCAAUAACAAACCGAUAGCAGCAGGUAGGGGGCUUCCAGAUAUGUAUUAAAUAAUAUCUAUAGAAUAUAAUUUAUCUUUUGCUCCUUAGUCAGCAUUAAUCCCUCAAGGGGCUUUGCUGAUGCCAAGCACUCAGGACAAAUGCCAUCUCUGUCCUACCCUAAGGCUACGGGCAAACUGUGCAUUUCUCUGCUAACGUUGAUACACAAUCCGCUGCGUUUUGCCCCAUUCCUGCAAAUGGAGUGAUAGGCUCAGCACCAGCCUGUUAAUGCACAUGUGGUGCAGAUUUUGGCAUAUGUUUCUGUGUUGAAACCUGCCCUGUGUGUGUGCUGACAGGCUGCUGCCAUACUGCAGUAAGCACUGAUAUGUCUAUGCCAACAGAGAAUACAUACUAUGUGGCAAUAGCCUAAAACCAACCCUUUUCAUACCAAUAUGCUGUGUCGGAGCUAAACCAGUUCCCACAAUUAGCCCUUCAUAUUCCUGCAUUUGACUGUAUUGAGACUUUGUGUUGCCAGGUGAAUGUGCUCCCUGCUCCCCCCCCCCCCCGCCUCAUAUGUUCAGCUAAUUUAAGCAAUGUCAAUGAUCUGUCUGCUUGUCUCCAUUUGUCCUGACUCAGUCCAAUCAGACAGUGUCAGUGGUCAGCCUACUGUGUUCCCAUUUCCAUAUGUCCAACUGCGUUUACACUUUUACAGAUGGUGAAUAAAAAAAUAAAUGCAUUUUACAGUAA